AUGUCGUCGGUGGAAGAUCUACGGGAGGUUGCCCCGGAGCCGGUUACUUUGGAUAUCAAGCAACAACCAGAACCAAAACAGCCAACAUUAGUGAGCAAAUGCGUUAAUUAUUUAUUAAAAUUACAAAAAUAUUCAGCUUAUGGAUUAACUGGAUUUUUGGGAUUACAUAUUUCAUCAGUGGUGAUAGUGCCGGGGCUCUCGAUACCCUGGGAACUAUGUCAGGAGGUGUUUGAAAUGGCCCGGAACGUUUACCUUGGGAUCCCAUUUUUCGAGCCAAUUGGAAUCUUUGGCUGCGGGAUUGUUCAUAUUGGUAGUGGGAUUGGAAUCCGAUUUUUACGUGGACACCAACGGAAAACCACCAAUAAUCACGAAGUGAUUAUCAAGGAUGAACAGAGAAACGAUAUUGGCUUGGGAGGAAUCACUGGGUUGCUUGGAUUAGGGUAUAAGAAGUCGAUAAUUCUGACGAUCUGGCCAGGAAUGACUCCGUUAUCGAUAUCAGGAUACGUGACUGGGAUCUUAUUGAUUGUUCAUAUUCAUAAGUUUAGAUACGUUCCUUUACUGAUUGACGGAGACCUGAGCUUAAUCAAUUUAGAAUAUAUUGGAUACGUUUUACAGAAGUCGCCUUUAGCUGGUUUGGGUAAAUGGGUCAAUUGGACGAUGUUAACUUUGCUAGUCUGGACUUCAAGCUAUCACAUAACCAGCGGGUGGUUGAGGUAUAUGAAGAAGUACAGUAUGCGAUGGAAAAGACUUGCUUAUGGAAUAAUCAACGGGGGGUUUUUCUUAGGAGUAGUUGCAUUACUCAGAUAUAGAAAAGUGAUAGUGAGCAACGGCUUUAUUGGUGAUGCGUUCAACACCUACAUACUGAAGAGCUGGGUCUAG